CGCAGGCCAGAAAAACAGGCGAGAAACAUGGGGUUUCAUGACACUCCCACCUCAAAAACCUCCAUUAAGGUGGCUUUCCUAAGCUUCCUGCUCGUCUUGCUUGUAAGUGCAGAAGCACGCAUGAAGAUCAAUGACGCAGAUCUUCUGGAGUUCCCUCUGAAUCUUGAGUUCUUGGAAGCCGAGUUCUUUCUGAUUGGGGCUUCGGGUCAUGGAUUGGAUUCCGUAGCUCCAGAACUAGCUGAUGGUGGACCCCCACCUGUUGGUGCCACGUUGGCCAAUCUGGGCUUCUUAGUCCGAGACAUCAUCCUCCAGUUUGGAUUACAGGAAGUUGGUCACUUAAGGGCAAUAAAAAGCAGAGUGAAAGGGUUUCCGAGGCCAUUGUUGAACUUGAGCAGGGAAGCAUUCGGUGAUGUGAUGAACAGUGCAUUUGGGAGAAGGCUGUACCCAGCUUUCGAUCCAUACGCAAAUGAAAUAAACUACUUGCUCGCGUCUUACGUAAUCCCUUAUGUUGGCCUCACUGGCUACGUUGGAGCAAAUCCACUGCUCCAAAACUUCACCUCCAAGGCGCUCGUGGCGGGGCUUCUGGGGGUGGAGUCAGGGCAAGACGCGGUGAUCAGAACGCUGUUAUACGAACGCCGGAGGGAGACGGUGGUGCCGUACGGAGAGAGCGUGGCGGAGUUCACGAACCGGAUCUCGGAUUUAAGGAACAAGCUGGGGAAGGAAGGGCUGAAAGACGAAGGGCUCAUAGUGCCAAGGAAGUUAGGAGCAGAGGGAAGAAUUUCAGGGAACGUGCUUGCAGGUGACCAGGAAUCGCUCUCAUAUGGAAGAUCGCCACAAGAAGUGCUGAGGAUCGUGUAUGGAGAUGGUGAUGAACAUUACCCUGGCGGAUUCUACCCUCGUGGUGGACUUGGUCGUAUUGCCCAAUCUUACCUCUCAACUAAUUAGUCUUCUUAAUAUGCUUUCUCAAACACCACAGGAUUGUAUCUUGACACUGUUUUAUAUUAAAAAUCAAAUCGCAAGAGCAGCCCUUCUGUGUUUUGAUAUUAGAUUGCAUAUAUGAUUUGGCCUCAUAUCACAUAUAAUAUGUUAUCCAUCUCGUGUAUCAUGUUGCCGUACGUAUGAAUAUAAUUCCACUUAUUUUUA